GCCGAUACCGCCGGAUUUUUAUUUUAAUAACAACAAUAUUAAUUUAAACACAUAAAAUAAUAAUAUAUCGUACGUUGAGCGAUCCGCUGUGUUCGCGCCGCACUCCGACCGCGGUGUAUAGGACGUGUUUAAUGCGCUUAUAUUGUAGUGCACAUUUCAGUAUAUAAUCGUCGCCAUCGUUCUUGGACGUAUACAAUAUCUGUAUACGCGCGCACCACAGCACGCCGGCCGUUUUGUAUUAUUAUUACAUAUAUACCACGUUCUGUUAUUGUUGUAGAGACAAUCGUGAGCCCGCGCUCGCACCGGUUUUUGCUCGUCUCCGUUUAUCGCGCCGAUUUCACAGCAAUAGCUGUAACGCAUCAAAAACGAACAAACGCGAUCAAUUAAUACGGCUAGUAAAUUAGAAAAAAAUUUAAAAAAUACGAUUCGGUCGUGCGUAUAGGUUUUUUACGCGGUUCUGCAACCGGUUCGGCUGUUGCGAAAAUAAUAAUUCCUCGUCGCACGCGAUGCGUUGACCGAGACACCACCGGUGUCGGCAAACGAACGGUCUACGGCGCGUUUUAUUUUACUGCACAGCGGCGACGUCCGCGCACACUUUUCGAUACGUCGACUGUUCGUACGGAAACCGCUCGUCGACAUCGCCGUCCGGAGAAUUGGGCGCCGUAACACCGCACGACCAGCGAGCGAUUGAUGCGCAACGGGCAGUGCGUCGCUGCACCAAGGAAAACAACACGCCAUCAUGGUGCACACGGGAUCUUGUGGCGACCGACUGCACGACAUACUGGUCAGGUAUUUGCCGAUACUCACGUGGAUGCCCAGGUACAAGAAGUCGGACUUGCUGUACGACGCCGUGUCGGGUAUCACGGUCGCGCUCACGCUGAUGCCUCAGUCCAUAGCGUACGCGUCGCUGGCGGGACUGGACCCACUCGAUUCGUCGUGGAAUUCGUUUCGAUGCCAGUGACGGGUGGAUUUACAUCGGCGGCGGCUAUUAUCAUGGCAUCGUCGCAAUUGAAAGGAUUGUUCGGCAUUUCGUUUGACGCCAAAAACUGUAUGGAAAUGUGGAUAAAGUUUGUUGAAAACAUUGAACACUUUCGAAUAGCAGACACCGCUAUGGGACUGAUAUGUAUAUUCGUACUGAUAGGACUUAAGAGCUUAAAAACAAUAAAAGUCAAUGCUAAAGGAAUGAAAGCAAAAACGUAUUCGGUGUUAUUGUUUUUAUUGACCACCGGAAGCAAUGUUCUCGUGGUCAUCGUAUCGUCGACAAUCGCAUAUUUUUCAAUUAGACAAGGCCAGUCGCCAUUGGUAUUGACAGGUAAUAUAGCUAGUGGGAUACCACAAUUUCGGUUUCCGUUUUUGGACUAUGAAGACGAAGACGAGAAGUUUACAUUUUUCGAAGGUCUGUCCAGGUUAUGGCCUGGUGCGAUAGUUGUUCCGUUGGUGUCAAUUUUGAGCACGGUGUCAGUCGCUAAGGCAUUCAGCGGUGGAAGGGUCGUCGAUGCAUCUCAAGAGAUGAUAGCGUUGGGUUUUUGUAAUAUUUUCAGCUCGUUUAUGGGAUCCAUGCCGGUCGCGGGAAGUAUGACCCGGUCUGCUCUUAACCAUACUACCGGUGUCCGUACAACGUUCAGCUCAAUAUUUACCACUAUACUAGGCAUGCUGUCGUUGUUGUUUUUAACUCCACUUCUCUAUUACAUACCCAAGUCUAGUUUGUCCGCUGUACUUAUAUGUGCGGUGACUUCAAUGUUUCGAUACGACAUGGUGAUUUCGUUGUGGAAAACCAACAGACGUGAUCUAAUACCGUUUGCCACCGCGUUCGUCGCAUGUUUGAUAUUCGACGUGGAACUGGGACUCCUGUUCGGCAUCUGUGUCGACUUGCUGUGCGUGCUCUAUCGCAGCGCCAGACCAUCGAUUUCUAUCGAAAAGGAAACUAACUCGGGUUACGUAAAAUGGGUGGUCAGGCCCAGCAGCGGACUACUAUUCCCAGCCGUAGACUACAUGCGACAGAGGGUGAUUGCCGAGAUGUCGUCUUCGGAACGCCCGAACAAACCGAAUCUCAUAGUUGUAGACUGCACGCAUUUUGACAAGACCGAUUUCACGGCUGCCCAAGGAAUCAAAUCCUUGAUAAAUGAACUAAAAUCCGAGUCAUGUCAACUCGAACUGAUGAACGCCAAAGAAUGUGUAGCGGCCAUACUGGAAGCCACGCUAAACAUUAAAAUCUUAUCUAUGGCUCCGCUACAAGAUUCCACUAAGAAACUUAAUUUUAUUCAACCUGAUCUCAAUGGAAUUGAAUCGAUGACAUUGCACGAGAUGAAAAUGAAAAAUAUUUGUGAACGUAAAACGUGAUUGUUUCUCUUAUAAUGUAAUUUUACUUUUGUAUACUAUAUUUAUAAACUUGUAAGUUACUAUAUAUUUUUUUUACUACUUUACUUAUUGUUAACUUAUUAUUUAUAUUCUAGGAAUAUUUAUAA